AUGAGUGGAGACAUAAAUACUGUGAGCUAUCAAAUGGUUACAAAUGAUUUUGCUACUGCUUUAAAAAGUCUACCUUUCUGUUCUACAUCAGAUCGAUAUGCUGCAAUAAUUGAACGUUUGACUAUUCAACUAAAACAGGCUACACCCAAUGGACUUCUUCUAGAAAAUAAACCAUUUUUACUUGCUAUUGUUGACAACUUGUAUCGAAUAAUUCCAAUCUUCGAUAAGAAACUAUCAGAUGUCAAUGAUAGUUCACGUCAAACAAAUCUAUUUUUAGAAACUCUAGCAAACGCAUGUCAAGGUUUAUGUUUAUUUAAUUUAUUUUUUGCCAUCAAAGAUUCAUAUCGUCUUGAUAUUAUUUUUCAUAAUUAUAUUCCUUUGCUUAAACAAAGUUAUUUUACACACGAUAGUAAAUAUGAUCAUCUUCUUAAUUGUUUAUUACCUAUUAUUACCAGUUCAAGUCCAUUGGUCGCAAUUACUGAAAAUGAUCUAGCACCAAAUAUGUUUUCCUAUUUACUUGACUUUGUCAAAAUUAAUUUGAAAUAUGAAGAAAGAGCCAAACUUAUUAAUAAUAUUCUUCAUUUAGUUAAAGUAUCUAGUAUACUACCCAAAUUAACACCGAUGGUAAUCAAUUCUGACUGGCCUAAUGCAUGUAUUCAAUGGAUGAAAAGAAUUGGACGACGACCACUAUAUACGACUGAUUUCUUAAUAAAUCUUAUUCUACAAAAACUUGCUCGAAAUGCAGCUGCUGUUGACGUUUUAAAUCAAUUGAAUUGUGACAAAGCCCUUACUGAAAGCAAUGAACAAAUGAAAAAAGAUCAUAAUGAAGAAGAAUACUCAUCGAUUUAUUUUGUUCAAUGCAUUAUUCAUGCUCUAUUAAUUGAAGCAAAAGAAAUCAAACAAAAAUCGAUUAUAUCCGAUGAAAGAAUGUGUCAUGUACUUGAACAAAUGAUUUCAUUUCUCAUUUCUACUGCACAGAAUGAUUCAAUUUUCUACAAAGGUUGUCAUAUAUCUGAAAUUUUAUGCGUUUUAUGUAAACUAUUCAUCAAUGAUGAUAUACUAAAAAAAUGUUUAAAUGACAAUCAUGGACUGUUAGAUUGUUUAUCUCAAUUACUGAUUCAAUAUGCAGUCAUGUCGAGUGACUCGACACGAAUCUACCAAAUGCUUACUGAUGAAACAUUGCUUGGGCUAGUUAAUCUCUUAUGGAGUAUAUCGUUUCAUGAAUCCUAUCAUGAAAAUCUCAAAUCAAAUGUAAACCUUAUGCAAACACUAUCAAAUAUAGCUACAUCAUCUUCAUUAUAUACAAGUAGACAUUUUAGAGCGAUUCCACGUGAUGUUAGUAGUUUAAAACAAGCAGCUGAAGGAAUCUUAUGGAAUUUGAGACGUUCACAUUUAACUGUACCGAAAGAGAAAUUAGAAGAAAAAUCACAUAUUAUGAUUAGUUAUUCACAUUGUGAUUCAGCAUUCUGUCGUGAACUUGUUGAUAAUUUAUCUCAUCGUAUUCCUGUUUGGGUAGAUUACAAACAAAAACAUCUUGGUACCGUUCAUUCAGAUGAUCUAUGGGAAGAAAUUGCUGGUGCAAUGGAAAUGGCCACAACUAUUGUUGUGAUUGUAUCAAAAGAUUAUUAUGAUUCUAAAUCGUGUAGGCAAGAACUUUCAUAUGCUUGUGAUACACUGAAAAAGCGUAUUGUGCCAAUAUAUGCUCCAAAUCAAAAGUAUAAAGCAAGUGGUUGGCUUGGAAUUCGCAUAGCUGGACAAAAAUAUGUUCAUUUUGGACGAAAUGCUUUUACCGAUGCUCUCAAUGAACUUAUGUCGAUUUUGACUCUUGAGCAAAAUUUCAUUGCCGCAGAAAAAUCAUCCGACACGGUGCUACCCACAGAAACGAAAGUAGACGAGAAGCGAUUAAAACCUUGGACAACAAAAGAUAUUCGACAAUGGUUUCUGGAUAAUCAUAUUCAGAAUGAUUUAACAACACUGUUGUCCGAUCAGUUUCAUACGGGAACAGCUUUGAUUAUCUAUGCUCGCCAUUUGAAACAAUUUUAUCAUCGAGAGUAUGCACAAGUAUCAACAAAUUAUUAUAACAAAUUCAAUGGUAAACGACUGCAAACACUGGACUACAUUACUUUUGUUGAUGCACUUUGGCGUUUACGUGAAGAAUAUGAUCCUGAAAGUAAAACAGAAGAUAUUUCGGACAGAUGUAACAGCAAUUCAGUAGUACGUGUAAUAAACAGUGGCAGCAAAGAAACCAUUUUCUUGUAA